CUCUAAGAUGAGCGGCGAGCCUGCCCCGGGCCUGGAGGGCAGGGUCCGGAGAGCUCUGCGAAAGGUCUUUGGGUUUGAGUCCUUCAAGACUUCCCUGCAGGAGAGCGCGACCGUGACUGUGGCGAGAGGCGAGAAGGAUGUCUUUGUAUGCAUGCCCACAGGGGCAGGGAAAUCCUUGUGCUACCAGCUUCCUGCAGUUCUGGCAGUGGGCAUCACCAUUGUCAUUUCACCUCUGAUUGCACUGAUUCAGGAUCAGGUGGAUCACUUGCUGGCUCUGAAGAUCAAAGCCUGCUCUCUGAACUCCAAGCUUUCUGCCCAGGAAAAGAAGACCAUCCUGGCUGACUUGGCAAGCGAGAAGCCUCAAGUAAAGCUCCUGUACAUCACCCCAGAGAUGGCAGCCGCCUCUUCCUUCCAGCCUACGCUGAACUCUCUGGUGUCCCGAAACCUCUUGUCCUACCUGAUAAUCGAUGAAGCGCACUGUGUCUCCCAGUGGGGACACGACUUCCGACCCGACUACCUGCGGCUGGGGACCUUGCGCACUCGCAUACCCGCUACACCGUGUGUUGCCUUGACUGCCACUGCCACCAAGCAGGUCCAGGAUGACAUUGUGGCAGCGCUUAAACUAAAGCAGCCGCUUUCCACAUUCAAGACUCCUUGCUUCAGAUCUAACUUGUUCUAUGAUGUGCAGUUCAAAGAGCUCUUGACUGAUCCGUACACCAACUUGAAGGAUUUCUGUCUGAAGGCGCUUGAAGUGAAGAACACCACGGGGGUGUACUCCGGUUGUGGCAUUGUGUACUGCAGGAUGAGGGAUGUGUGUGACCAGCUGGCUAUUGAAUUGAGCUACCGAGGAGUGAAAGCCAAGGCGUAUCACGCAGGACUCAAGGCAGCUGACAGGACUUCAGUCCAGAAUGAAUGGAUGGAGGAGAAGAUCCCUGUUAUUGUUGCAACCAUCAGUUUUGGAAUGGGAGUAGACAAAGCAAAUGUCAGAUUUGUUGCCCAUUGGAAUAUUGCAAAGUCAAUGGCUGGAUAUUACCAAGAAUCUGGCAGAGCUGGGAGAGAUGGGAAGCCGUCCUGCUGCCGCCUCUAUUACUCAAGGAAUGAUCGGGAUCAAGUCAGCUUCCUGAUUAAGAAGGAGCUCUCUAACAUCCAAGAAAAAAAAGGCACCUUAAAAGAAUCUGACAAAGCUGUGAUGACAGCUUUUGAUGCCAUUGUGAACUUCUGUGAGGAGCUGGGCUGUCGCCAUGCUGCCAUAGCGAAGUACUUCGGCGAUGCCACCCCACCUUGUAACAAGUGCUGUGACUUCUGCAAGAACCCAGCGGCAGUGAAAAGGCAACUGGAGUCACUGGAGUGCUGCAGCAACAGCUGGAGCAAAACCUGCAUCGGGCCCACGGGCUCCUCCUGGGAUAGCUACGACCCAGAGCUGUAUGAAGGCGGGAGGAGAGGUUGCAGAGGUUUUAGCAGGUAUGACGAAGAAAGCAGUGGGAAUGGGGAUGAAGCCAAUGAAGAGAGUCGGAAACGGGAGUGGAACAACUUCUACAAGAAGCAGAUGAGUCUGCGCAAAGGCAAAGAACCAGAAAAAGAAGAUUUUGUUCCUCCAAUUUGUAGCUUCUCCAAGUUAGAAAGGGUGACUGUAGUGGUGCUUAGGGUGACUUUGCAGGGAGAAGCAUGCCAAACUACUGGACUGGGACGAGAACACUGCUUAAAGAUGCUGGAAGAAGCUUUGAGCACCAAUCAAAAUGUUCCAGCAGCAGGAGGAAAAGGGUUAGACCCUCAUACCUGUGCUGUGGACCUGGAGUACGAAGCCUUCCGAACCAGUAAAAUGGCAAACUCGUACAAGGCAACUGUGCUAAAGAAGGUAGCAGAAAUCAGCAAAGCCUCAAAACAAGGAGAGUUGUUCUCAGUCUUUGGGUCCAGAACUGGUGGCAACAGCAGCUUGGAAACAAAAUCUGGGUCUCCAGCAGAAGAGGACUUCCUCCCUGCAUCCCAGGUUUACUCGUUCAAACCCAAGCGUGUGGGAGCAGGAUUUCCAAAGAAACCUGGCUUGUUCCAGACAGCUUCAGAACUGCUGAAGAUCCAGGAGGAGAGUGAUACAAAGCCUGUCAAAAAAGAAGUAGAUUGUCCAAGUGGGCAAGGCAACAACAAUUGCAGUCUGGAACUGGACACCAGAAGCCCUGUUCUCCAGAACAAAGAAAUAACAACCAAAGCAAUAUGUGAGAGUGCUGGGGUAGAAGUACUCCUUCCUGAAAAGAAGAGACAGCAACCCAGUCCAGACACAAAAGCUGUCCUUGGGGAUAGUCCUACUAAGAAGACCAAACCUAGCAAGAAGCAGCAAAUGCUCGCAGAAGCGGCUAAAAAAGAAUCGCAGGAUAUUUCCAAAUUCUUAUCCCUCCCCAAAGGUGGGUCUAAAGCCAAAAGUCGCAGCUCAGCAAAGAAUGAUGGCUGUUCUGCAAGCACACUACCUCAGGUUUCUUCUCAAAGCAUAUGUGAAGAGAAACCAACACCUCAGGAAAACAAAGGUGUCUCUGGAGAAGAUGUGACUGGACAGUCCCAGGCGGAGAGUGAAGAGCUGGGAGAGACAGAAGUAGCAGUGACUGAGGAAGAAAUUGGAGUAAAAUCCAGUGUUGCUGAACACGUCACAGAAACUGAGCUAACUGUUGUUGGGGAAGGUGAGUGCGGGAAGCGACCAGGAUCAGACGAGGAUGUGCAAAGUCCUGCAACCAAGCGGCUACGGACAGUGUCAAAAUCUUCUAUUCUGUCCCAGCCAGAAGGCAGAAGUGUUGGUCUGACAAAGAAGAAGGUGACUUUUGAUCCAAACUUAUCACAGUGUGAUAAAGAAGGAACCACCAAGACGGUACAGCCAGUGACCAAAGGCGCAUCCCUCAAAGAGACAGCAGACAUCGUUGUCAAAUGUUUGACCCCGUUCUACAAGGGUGGCAAAUUUGCUUCCAAGGAUCUGUUUAAGGGCUUUGCUCGGCACCUGUCCCACUUACUGACUGAGGAGCAGACCCCUGCCUGCAAGACUGUGAAGGAAGAAGCACAGAGACUCAUCAAGGAGUUUUUCAAAACAAGGCUCAGGUGUGAGAGCGAGACAGACUGGCAGGACCUGCAGAGCUCAGAGAGCUGA